AUGUUAUAUUCGCGUUACGCGUGGUCCGAGGGCGUUGUUCGUUUAAAAUAGCAGGAAAACUAGUCAGUACGCUUAAUUUUGUCAACGAGCUAAUGUGUAUCGCUUUGUAAGUCGCGCUUUUCUGUUAUCGGGUGUUAUGUUUAUAGCUUCGCUGUUUUGUAUUAUUGUGUAUUUUACGUUGGUGGUGUAAAUGUACGUAAAUUUUGUGAAAUAAUAUCGAACUUACAUUUAUAUUAUUUAAAACUAACAUAAUGCCGCCUAAAAAUAGUAAAUAUUGGGACUAUUUUGAUAAAUCCAAAGAUAUAGAGAAUAAAAUUGCAGAAUGCCUUUAUUGUCAAAAAAACAUUUCUUACAAAACUACAAUUAGUAAUUUAAAACAACAUUUGAAAGUUAAACACAAACGGGCAUAUGCUGAUUUUAUGGCGCGGAGCUUAGAGCUGGACGGCUCUAACGCUCAGUUGGAGAAGUCAGCUACUAGAGAAUCAACAGCAGGAGCCGUAACAUCAUCAGAUGCUGAAUCCGAUGACGACACGAAAGUUUUCGAGGUCAGUUCCUUCUUCGACCAGGAGAGUAGUGAAUGGGCCAUGUGUCGCAUUUGUAAAGCCACCGUCUCCAACAGAGAACAAGCCCUGAUGAAACAUAUUGAGAAGCACCCGAAAUUAUUGAAAGGCGUUCAGGAUUUAGACGCUCAAAAUGACGAUGAGGAACAAGACACCUAUACAGAAGUAGUGUACCUUGAUGAUUUUGAUGUUAAAAGGGAUAAGAAGGAGAAAUUACAAUGGCAAGCCGACAGUCCGAGGACCAGUACGAAACCGAGGAAGAAGAGGCGGAGACGAGUCAGUACUUCUUCAGAAGACGAGCCUGUGGAGAAGAAGAAAAAGGAGGGGAAUAAUAAUAACAAACUCAAGAUAUUCGGGGAGUAUAUUAUGAGUUUGAUGGAGGAAUUACCCCCAGACGUUUGCAAGAAAUUGCAAAUGAACAUGAUCAAUAUGGCGAUAAACGCGAAUCUUGAAAACAGCACUUGUGCCCGCUGCUCGAGUGACAAAACUUCGGAAGUGUCACCUCAGAACCUUCACAACAAUACCGCUUCGGAAGUUAUUAUUGCUGAGAAUGGUACCACGCGGGAAAUUCUUAUUACCGAAUGCAAUGACAAUGCGUAGGGCCUCAGCUAGUGAUGUGCCGUUCCCGGAAAUAUUGGAAACAUCACGAAUGUUUCUUUGUUUUUAAACAUUGGGCAAAUUUAGGAAAUGUUAGGGAAUUUUUCUAAAUGGAAAUAAAAUUUAACACAAAUAUUUAAUUUUUUUUCGGAACUUUCUAAAUAUUACCGAUUUGAUCUUAUUGAUCCCACACAUACCCCCUUGAGGAUGUCAUUUUAGCUACAUUUACUUUACUUUUAUUUCGUUUCUGCCAUACUAUGUCCAUACCAAACUUUAACUUACUGUUUUUUAUACUUGCUCGAAGGCUUUUACCACUAUAUAAGCUUGAAGCAAGGCAUAUAAAUUCUGUAUUCACAUUAUUUUCAGCAGCCACACUUCUUUCUAUAUCUCCUUCAUACUUACCAAACCUACACUUACAUAUAAUAAUUUACAUACAUAAGUAUGACUAUAAAUAAAAAUAUAGUGAACAUCCAGUCUGUACCUGCUAUUCUUUCUGACACAAAAGAAUCAGCUGAAUCAGUUAACUGCUCAAACCAUGCAGAAAAAAUAUGGCCCUUAACACAAUUAAUUUAAUAAUAUUAAAUGUAGGAAUCAUUUUCACGAUAUUGCAGUUAAAAGUGGCCAACAUAUUAGCACCUUGUGUUAAAUUUAAGAUCUGUUACAAUGGGACUGACAUCUUAAAGAUAGAAGUCCCUUAUUUAAAUUUUCGGUCUCAGUGUUGCACGGUUACGUCUUUAUUUAUUUAAAACUUUAUUGCACAACAAAGACAUACAAAGGGCGGACUUAAUACCGUUUUGCAUUCUCUCUACACCAGCUGACCAAACAAAAAAACUUUCAAAUUGGUGGUGCGGUAAGCACGUGCAUAAUGCAAAAUACAUACAUUACAAAUUGCAUAAAUACAUACAAGAUACAUAAAAUACAUACGAAAUGCAUUAUAAAGUCUUUUACUCAUCAAACGAAAAUAGUUAAAACUGCCCGAAACUGCCUACUGAGAACAGCUGCGAAUCCCUCACGAUAUAUUCAGGCAGGACAAAACAAAUAUAUUAAGACGUGUUAUAAUGUACUUACUUAUAAUUGAACUGUGUCCCCGUACAUAAAUAUAAUUACGAAUUUAUCCCUUACGUGAUAGACAGGUCCACAAGACAAGAAUGGAAAACCGGUGGACAUAAUACCCAAGGCAUUUUCUGUAAGUCGAACAUUUGGACUUAAUUGAGAUGGAUGUACGGGUGAUGCGGAUAACUGUAAAUAAAUAAAUAAGUCUAAAAUGAAUAUAAGGUUACUUAAUACACUGACAUAAUAUAGUUAACAUACAUAAGUGAAUAUUAAUAAAAAAAAUAUCCUAAUAAUCCAAAGUUUAUUAGAAUUUCCUUCCAUUACUUUUAAAAUCUGCAAGACAAUAAUGACGAGUCCUAAAAAGAAAAUUAUCUAUUUUCAUGGUAGAUAAAAACAAGUCAAUCUCCAAGGUUUAAUCUAGAUUUCACGCGUUAGUAGUGAGCGGAGAAAAGCUAGUGGAAAAUAUUUAUUCAUUCAGUGUAUACUAUACACUAAAUGAAUGUAUAUUUCUAACCUCUCGUAAUAAACAACUGUUCCAAUAUUCAUCUCUCCUCUCAGGAGACUCCUGGAAGAGAUUUCUAUUGAAAUAAGUAGCACCUUUGUACUAUCCUUGUCCUUGUAUUGGUAUAUAAUUUUCUGUACAUAUAACAAAUAGAAAACUUUGGGAAAGUUACAGAAACAUUGGCGAUAUUCCUGUAAAUUUACAAUGGGUAAUUUCCAAUAUUCCUAGCGGCACAUCACUAGCAUAGCCACACUCUGAUUUUUGCACAGAAGCGGUUGCACCCUCCACCAAAGUGCUUCGGGGCCUGGGGUCCUUUAUCUCAAAAUUUCUAUGCGCUUAGUAUCCCGUAAUAACCAUAAAACAAAGCCCCGGUGCGCAGCUAUUGAUCCGUUGUUCGAUCCGAUCCGAAAUGUUUGUUCUAUUUCUGUAUUAUAACAUAAAAUCACGCCUUUUUCCCGGAGGGAUAGGCAGACAUCCUUCCACUUGCCACGAUCUGUGCAUACUUCCUUCGCUUCAUCCACAUUCAUUCAGUGUUAUUUUGUGAUAAUAACCUUACGUGACCUCAAAAAAGCUUGAAUGGUAAAAUUACAUUAAUACCUUUUUUAACUCUCAAUACCCUCUUCCUUUCUUGCUCUGCCGUCUUGUAAUUUCUCACUGAAAAGAAAACAUGCUCCACUCGUGAAGAGUGACAAGCUAAGGUUGACCAUUGCCAGAAACUUUGAAACAUUUGUCGGACUCCGAAGAGCCCUGGGAUGGGAAGGAUCAAGGAUGGGAAAGGGUGGGAAAACUGGGAAUGCUGCGGACCACACUCGACGGCUAGCCGCCGCCGCGCAUCUUCACUUAAAAGUAUACUUUACAAAACUAAUAUAAAAACUUGUAAAUUCACAAAUAUACUCGUUUUUGUACAUCACAGAAGCUCCUACUGUACCGGGCAGAGGCCCGCAGCUGAGAUCAUAUACUAUUUUCUCUUUUUCAAUA